UUUGUUUCUUUAUUAGCUUUAACCUAUCUUAACUUUAGGAAUAAAUAGAUUUUGAUUGUUAUCGCAUUUUUAGUCAAUUUGUUUGUUGUGCGACACGACCUAAAAAUCAGACGUUAUAACUCUUAACACGUUCAACGAAGAAAACCAUAUUUGGUGCUUUGAGUCAGAUUUAGCUCGGAUACCUGAAUACCGCAUCUCAACGCCGCGGAACGACGAACAGACAUCACUUCAACAGAGCGUGCCAAACUUUCACGCGAUAGCUUCACGAAACAUUUUGUCAGUGAUUUCGACCAAUCUACAUCUGCUUUAAUUUGUCCUGUUAGAAAAAUCGAUACAGUGAUAUCAAGUAGAGAAGAAACGAACAAUAGAGCAUGCCGGUUUCAAGAAAUUUGUCACUGCCGGCAUCCAUUGAAGGACGGAAAAAGAUAAGGCCAGAUUCAUUAUUUCGGAGUAAUACAGAGGUGCACAGUAGUAGUGGUAGCAGCAUACACAGGAGUAAACCUGUUGAUUUGUCUUCGCUGCUCAAAUUACAUAGACCGAAUUUUUUACCAACGACUUUGGUACCAGUGAAACACAAUAAUAAUAACGACGAAAUUGUUACCGAAGACGAAUCAGUCACACCAACAAACGAAAGCAACAAUAUCGCUGCUGAAAUUGAAACAUCUAACGAAACUGUAAUGGGAGUGGAUACAACUACGACUCGGGGAGGCACACUCUCUCAGCCAUGUCUCUCUGCAUUAUCAAAUGUGGGAGCUACUCAAAUAUUUCCUCACUUGUUUCUUGGAUCUCAAAAAGACGUUGUCGAUGAGAAAAUGAUGCGAUCUAACAGCAUCACGUAUGUGUUGAACGUCAGCAAAACGUGUACAAAACCUGAAUUCAUAGACGACAGUCACUUUCAUAGGAUAUCAGUGCGAGAUAAUUACCAAGAGAAAAUGACGCCAUACAUCAAAGAAGCCAUCGAAUUCAUAGAAAAAGUAAGGAAAUCCAACCAACGUGUGAUUGUGCAUUGCUUAGCAGGUGUAUCUCGAUCUGCUACAGUCGCCAUUGCAUACGUUUUACAUUACCUACGAAUAAAUUUCGAGGACGCAUACAGAUUUGUAAAAGAAAAGAGACCAUCAAUAUCACCGAAUUUCAACUUUCUUGGUCAGCUGAUGGAAUUUGAAAGAAAUCUUAAAUCAACGGGAUACCUCUCUUCCAAGCGGACUGGAUCGCUAUCUGAGGGCAGCGAAGAAGAUUCCCAACAAACUUUCAAUUGUCAACAAAAUAAAAUAGGAGAUCAUCCCGGCAAAACAUCUCUACGUCUCAGCUUUUUGAAAACCGGAUCCGAUUGUUCUCCGCUUUCCAUGCCACCUGCAUGUUCUUUCCAGUGUUCAACACAAGAUAGCGAACCUUUGCAAUUGUCAUCAGAGUCAUGUAUCAAAAUCUCAACUCCGACAUCGUCGUUUUGUCGACGUCGCAAAGGGCCUACUUUUUCGAAAAUGUCUUUCUCAUUAGCGAACAAUGCAAAUAACAACAGUUCGAAUCGAAAAUGCGAUACACCUAUGCCCAAAUUUAUGAAUUCAAAAAACAUGUUUGGAAGUAAGUCUGGAAGAUUACUUGUGGAUAUCAGAGUUGACUCCCCGUCCACAACAACGCGUGUUCCAGAUUCAAGCCGACGUCUCGGUAGUGAUGGAUUUGAAAAAGAUGAAAACAUGGCUUGUGAUUCCGAGACUCCAACUUAUACGUCUGGACCUUUCAUUUCACCGUGCUCUCAGGGUGUUUCGUUUUCAACUAGUCAUCAGGCUAUGGAAUGUAAUACUAGCGACAGUUCCAUAAGCAAUCAAAAAAAUGACGGUGAAUUUCUGAGACCUUAUGCGAAUCCUGUCACUUUAUUGGUGGGAAGUAAAAAUGAAAGCAAAACUCCAACGUGGCAUCCCGGAAAUCUUUCGGCACCAAAAGUGACACGACACAGACGAAGUGCUAGUGGUGGGGGAAUAACCAGCGAAAUAUUGCAGUCGCCCUUUAAUAUGAAGCGGAGAUUCGAACAAGCUCGAACUGAACGUUCCGCUUCGAUCGGUGACGUCAGUCUCGGCGACCAGUUAGCUAGCGUAGAACAUUGUACUAGCGUGAAACGAGGAGGUUCUUUCUCCGGCAUGGGAUCGUAUUACGAUUAUUCGGAACCUUCAAGUCGAUCUCCACAUAAAUUCGUUUCUGUGAAUUCGAGAAGUCCCAAGAUCCUUCGAAAGUCAUUUCACCUAAAUCUUAAACCAGUUUAUUCGCACACGACAUCACCACCUACGUCUAAAAACGGUUCCAAUAAAUCAGAAGGGGCCACCGCUCCUAUUAGCAUACCGGGUGUUCUAGGCAUGGAUACUCCCGUACCAGUCUUUGAUUGUUCGCACAUGUCAGACAGUUGUGGUGGGUUGAAAAUGAAUUCCAACAAAAGUUCGGCUUUUCCUGGCCACUCUGUUAUCAGAGAAGGGGUCACACCAGAUGAAAGUGAUGAUACUUUGGAAAUCAAGAGCAUGUCACCAUUAACGUUAUCGUCACCAAAUGUUGACAAAGAUGGUUGUCCGUCGUUUCCUACAUCUAGUAGUUUAAAGACAAGGACGUCACCAGCGACCUGUCCAAUAUUGUCAACUGUUCCCUCCUUUUCAUGUAACGAAGCUGGCAUGACGUCGCCGCGUUUUAUAUAUAAAUCAUCUUUUACAUAUACAUCUACUAAAUCGAAGCCAUUAACGGACACUAAGACAAAUACACCUUUCACCCUGUCUGCACCGUGUGAUUUAAAACUCAAAUGGAGAAAUAAAGAACGCAGAAGACAGAGUGUUGACUCAGGAUAUCUGUCAUCACAAGCAUCAUCUCAAUCAUCAUCUUCCUUCACAUCGCCAACAUCACAACAAAGUGUUUUUGGAUCAGCCUCGAUUCACGAAUCAUUCAAUGACAACACGGACAAUACAUCGACCCCGACCACAUCGCCUACAAAUGUCGGCAGUUGUCAUGUCGAGGGCGCUUUCGAUGCUUCAGACGAAGUAUCGACAACGCCCCCCGACUCUGAGAACCGAAAAACAAACGUCAGACAAAGAAGUACUGUUGAAAUCAUGAGUUGUUCAUGACUAAACGGGUCCGAACAGCUUUGAAGCUGGAAUUGCUGACAUUCCUGUUCACAACCUCUGGUCGAAUACACCAAGGAGUCAGACACGCAAGGUUAUGCCCCAUGGGCGGAUAAGCUUCUAUCAACCGAUAUAUGCAGUAUUCAGAAUAUAUAUGUUGUAGCAACAUGCAUUGCAAAUCUGCUUGUGGUGAAAAUUGACGGUCAUAAAAUAUUAUAUUUUUUCAAUCUUGCCGACCACUAGUAUUGCGGAAAACCAUUUUGGCGAUUGAUUUUUGGUAUGAUACACAACGCAGAUUCGGGAAAAAUACUUCUGAUAUUAAAUCUCAAACGAUGGACUGUAAUCGGUCCUGUGAAUUUAUGACAUUUUGUACAAACAUUUCAUACCAAUUCCGGUCGUGCCCUGAGCGAUCAAAUAUGCCAUAUAUGCUUUAAACUGGGUUAUUAUUACUGAAAACCAAGAGGAAAUUUACCUCUGGAUAUAGAUUUAGAACAGCUUUCUUUUUCCAUCCGAAUACUUGAAUUAGGAUACAUUGAUUAGGUUAGGCAUAUAUCAUUUAAAAUAAUUUUCUGUGACAACAGUGUAUAAUAGUUUACCUCAUUUAACGACAGGCGAAAAUAUUAGACGAUUCCUUGCAUAAGUGAUAAGUUUAUAAGCAGAUCACCCUUGACCACAGCUGUUUUUGUGAGAUUUUAUGUCAGCGUCGUCUUCUUUAUUUCGCGUUCGAUUGUGCAAUCAUUAUUUUCUUUUCAUUUUUGUUCAGUUUUGCAACGUUUCGAAUCAAUGUACCAUUUGCAUUAUCAAUACUAGUACGGUAAUCUAUAUUUUUAACUAGCCUUUUAGAUUUUCACGCAAAUUUUUUUUUUCACACAACGAAAUGUAUAUUCGACACGAAAUCAUAUAUGUUGUGGUAUGAUCCAGUUGCGUCUUUUUUGACUUUUUUCAAACGCAUCAGUGCGCGUAGAACCGAAUGAGUUCUAACUUUUCUAAAAUUUUCAUUUUAUGAUAAUGAAUGAACAUCACGGUACUAACGAAUUUCAUACAACAAAUAUUUAUUUGUAUAACACCUGCACAAGAAAGUUAGGAAAAUCUAUAUUUUAUACAGUGUGGUUGUUUUUAUGAAUGAAACACAUAUUGUUGAAAGUUGAGUUCAAAUUGAAUCAUUUUUGUCCAUGGUUGGUGUGAUUGCAUUUUGUUACACAGUCCUGGGUUAAGUUUUGUUUGCGUUCCAAGUUUUUGUUUUAUUCUUAUUAUAACAAUUAAUUUCUUAGCGUAAAAUGAAGAAAACAAUAAAAAUAUUCGUCUGUUCCAA